CAUGAGUCCACACCCGACAUCAUGGGCCCGCCUUUGAUGCCCCUCUCCAAUUCUACGUGAAUGCGGGCUUGUUAUAAACGAUCCUCGCAAAGGCCGCCAUCGAUUGUUCACACUCGAUACCUGAAGAGAAGGCAAAGAUCCACAACCAAGCAAAAGGAUCCUUUCUACGAUUGCCACGACUACUGCCAUGGGUACAGCUCACAAGGUCAUUUCUUCGUGUCUCCGCGUCUUUGAGUGUGGUUGUUGUGUCAUCAUCCUUGGCAUUCUCGCACGGUUCUUUUACAUUCUCAACCGCAUUAAUGGCCCUACCGACUCUCGUUUGGUCUACGCUAUAUCCAUCGCUGCCAUCAGCGUAGCCCUGACCCUUAUCCUGGUUCCUCCUCUUAAAUACUCGUUCCAGCUUUUCCCCAUUGACUUUGCACUCUUUAUCUGCUGGAUCGUCUGCUUUGCCUUGCUUGAAGAUCUCACCGGAACAAACACUUGCACCUCGAGCUGGUUUAACAACUACUGGAUUGUCUAUUGGAACUCCAGCACGGGCAAUACAAGGGUCGUCACCCAGCACCGCUGCUCGCAGUGGAGGGUGGUGCUUGCUUUCAGCUUCAUUGUUGCGUUUGCAUGGCUACUGAGUGGCUUCUUGGGUUGCUAUGCUUGCAUGGUAUAUUACGACUUGGACGUGCGAAUCGCACGGAUGAUGAGGGGCCUAGCAUGGUGGAAGAAGCCAAAACAACACGACCUGGAAAAGAGUGCAGCAGAGUCCCGGGAGCAGCAGCUAUUACCAACCGUUGGGCCGCCAGCAACCCGGCCUUCCCAAGCUUAAAGUUCCAGGUGUCUGGUCUCGCGCCAACUACGCAUGCUGGGCUCGGGGCGCUUCUCAGUGGCACCAGACGUCUUCUGCUCGGCUCGGUGAUCAGAAUAAUCAUGAUACCAGUCUCGUUCUCUUCUGGACCGGUGACGGUCGCGAUGGUAGUAGGGGCGAUGAUGACGAAGAUGACCCCAGUCGUACUCGUUGCUGGCAUACGACUUGUCUGUCGCAAUUAAUGCAUAACUGGCGUG